CCGAGACUUACCUAUUAUCAGGUGAGCUAUCGUGGUGCGCAUCUUCAAAGUGAUGACUUUGUGAACAGCAGCCUGCGACAUGCCUGGAUUGAGUGGGAAUUUUCCAAGUCCGCAGGGGAGUGGAGAGAGCUGCAUGUUAAUCUCCAACCCAAAUCCGACCUGCGCUGGACUCUUGCAAACUUAUUCGGGGCAAACCCCGAGUGCAACUGCGCAAACGCAACAGGUGCAACAGAAGGUUCCGGGGCCAGCCAUGUCAAACCCCAGCCUGGACGUUAUCACGUCCAGCCAGGAUCUCCUGUGGCUACUGCAAUCCUCUCUUUGGACCCAACCCGACUCGUCAUGGCAGACGCUGGCCUCAUUUAUGCCCCACGAGGAGGCCAUCAGUCGCCCACCUGCGCCCGUCCCUGGCUGCUGCCACGCACGCCCACGCUGCCCCGAGGCUACGGGCAGAAUGAGGACAAAGGUGACGGGGCGUCUGGAUAACAAAGUGUCACAGGAGGAGGCGGAGCGGAGGAGCCUACGCAGGGAGCGCAACCGCAUGGCCGCCACCAAGUGCCGAAACCGCCGUCGCGAUCUCACCGACACGCUCCAGAAUGAGAGCGAUCAGCUGGAGAGUGUCCAGUCUCAGCUGCAGGAGGAGAUAGCGAAGCUGGAGAGUGAGAAGGAGAAGCUGGAGCUGGUGUUGGAGGCACACAGACCCAUCUGCAAGAUAGCAGACCAUAGCGAUGAUGGCGACGACGACGACAACGACACUGGCUGUCUGUAAAACUGGGUCUGCGGGUUCAGACCAGGUUCUUUAUACUUCAUACUGUAUUAGGGUGGUUCAGGAGUAGUGGAACCCCAAACUGUCUGAUGGACUGGAUAGUUCACUUGAUUUGGAAUGCUGUUGUCACAGAUGACCCAUUCAUCCGUAUAUUGGUUCACACAAAAUGAGCAGUACAAGAAAGAAGGCUUUACUUUCGUAUUGCGAUAGUUCUCAGUAUCACGUGGGGAUCUCCUACUGUUGUGUUGUGUUCUCCAUUGUAUUGCUACCCCUUACCUGGCCUUUCUAGUAUACUUUCUUCUAUGUCUGACAUUUGAUAUUAACUGAAUUGAAGAGCAGACUGUGGGAUGUUCAGCUAACACCGGCGGACUGUGGGUUACCAUAGUUUCAGAGUCUGUGUGGGUUAUGUGCGCUGUUCCCAAAGCUGUGCUUGAGUGUGUAAGUGUGUGUGGAGUUGUGUACAAUGACGGUGAAAGAGCGCCGUUGUGUGUCUUAAUGCUCCGGCGGGCACGGGGGAGGUUGUACGUUGUUGAGAGAUGUUGAAAGAAGUGAGAAGUGAGAGGAGUACCCAGGUCUGCAUGCGCGUCAUAGAGAUUUAAUACGCUCUAUAGAUACACUUCAGACCAAACACAGUCAGACAAAAAAAUGACAAGUUUGAAGGUCCAUGUUGCCUGUGAGGGAUGUGUGUGUGAUGCAGACAGGCUACAUGUCAAAAUAAACAGGAAAUAGACUACAUGUUAUCCAUCCACUCAAAGGGAGACAUGCUGUGUUUAUACUAAGCAGAAACAUGUCAGGCUUUGUAGUAACAUGCACACACAUAACAUGCCAGCUAUUCUGUUGUCACUGAGGGAUAACUCAAACCAGAGGCAUUUGCCUGCAGUGAUGACACCCUCAUGCAGCUGCACAGCUUCAAGCUUACCAUGCCUACAAGAACACUAUCUCAAAGCCCUUCAUUAUGGUAUUAUAGCAUGGUGUUAUGGUAUUAUCAUAUGAAGCAAACAAACACUGUUCUGAUUUGAAUUGGUUAAACACAGAUACUUUCUCAUUUCCUUUAAGUGUUGGUAUGUGGAACAGACUGUGUCCGCCUUGUUGGGCAUUGCAAAACAUGACAGUGUUGGUUUGCAUACAUUUCAGUCCUGAUCAUGUCCUCUAUACUCUUCUGUUAUGUUAAUAAGAGAACUGCAAUAACCUCUUUCAUGGACGGCAUACUUUUAAUUCACGCUUUUAAUUAACCUUUUCAUUUUGGUUACUCAUACUCAUACAGUAACUGAAUAUCAUUGCAUCACAACUAAGAGUCUCCAUUUUCUGUCACUUCAGCUUUGUGACCUGAGAGAGAUCCUCCUUCAUUCUUUAUAACUACAAGUCCAGCUUCUCGGUGUAGAGAAGCUUACCUACUUUGCUAGAAUGUGUAGGUUGCAUUACUGCUUUUACACCUUGAAUGACACUGUUAGAUACGGAGUCAACGGCAAUCUUGGGAGAAUAUUUCCGAUGGCAUUAUUAGUGUUGACAAAGGUCAUAGCACUGGAACCUUGACCAUUGAGACAAAACUGCAGGACAGUGUCUUAACUGGGCUAGUUCCUUACCUGAUAGUACUACAUGGAUACGUGGUAUGAUAGAGAGCUGAGAAUAUGCUGAUUGUAUCAAAUAGACUGUUACCCAUUGCACACCAUAGUCAAGCUACUGCGGUAGCCCAGAGUGCAAAUGUAUCGUUAUAUACCAGUCCAUUUUGUAUGCAUUUUAUUUGUGGAAAAGCUAGUUUCAUAUGAUUGUUUGACAAUUUAUACUCACCAAGGCAGACAGCUGGUUUAUCUGCAUGAAGAUUAAUAAAUAAACACAAAAGAAUAAACAAA